AUGGUGGAAGUAGGAGUAGGAAACGACGCAUGGGAUGCACUGAAGAAGUCAUCAGUUGGAGUUUUUCCUAGACUUUACGAGCUUGAUUUCAUAUGGUCUGCAAAGGUUGUUCAUUACCUCUUAACGCAUCAGCUGGUAGUUAGAAAGAACUAUGAGAUAUGGUCGUUAAUUGAUUGGCAGCCGAUUCGUCUCUCUUUGUUAGAGUUUGGUGAGAUAACUGGUUUGAAUUGUGAUAUGUUUGAUAAUGGUGACCUUUGCAAAGUUGACCAUAAAGAAUUUUGGGCAGAACUGAAUGUGUGUACAACUGUUGGUCCUAGUCUGAAUGAGUUGCAGUUGGUAUUGGGAAGAUGCAAGAACUGGAGUCUUGAGAAAAGGAUUAUAGUAGGACGGUUGUGUAUUUUGCAUAUCGCAAUAUUUGGCAUAGCUCCUACACGUCGGAUCCCGUUGGAGUGUGCAAAGCGAGUACUUGAUUUUGAAGCUUUCGGGAGAUAUCCAUGGGGUCGAGUUGCAUGUAAGAGUUUGAUACACUACAUUAAGUGUGUCAGUUAUGACGCAAAGAAAUCAUAUACAAUGGAAGGAUUUGUGUACGUGCUACUCAUAUGGGGAUAUGAGGCUGUUCGUGUACGGCAUUUCUUUUCACACGUUGACGAGAAUUUAGUCCCUAAAUGGGAUGGUGAGCUUGAAGAUGAAAAUGUGAACCACUUGAUCCGUGAUAUACUUGAUGACUGUGUCAAUCGUAAAGCAUGGGAUUUAGUUGAAACUUCUGUUACGAAAAGGACUAAGCGUAAAGAAUCUAUCCCCAUGAAUGUUUCAGAGGAUUCAGCAAACAAGGAUAAGAAGGCUAAACCUAUGGAAGAUUGUCGGUAUAAUGCUGACGGUAAUGAUACGCCAAGCACUGCGAUGUUGACCAUGUUGAAGACUCUGACCGAAAAAGUAGACAACAUGAACACCAAUAUGGCUACUAAAUUAAUGGCUGGUUUGGAUGCAGCAAUUGGUACGAAGAAUGUGAUAUUUGAUUUGGACGAUGGAGCGCAUAAAGAUAUGCAAUUCUUAGAGGUGGUGUUUGCAACAAAUUAUUUUCAACUAGUGAAGAUAGUUUUUACGCCGACAUAA